AUGCUUUCUGAUAUUUCCACACAGCUGUCCAGACUGGAUCCCUUCAGUCUGGCUGGAGUACUUGUUAUUUCAGGGUUGUUCUUCCUCUUGACUCUUCCUCGGAGGCCGCAGUUCCCUACGGUCAAUGAGAAAAACCUUUUCCAAAUUCGGUCCUCGCACGUCAAGAAGCAGUUCUUGCAAGAUGCGCACAACUUAAUCAAGGCGGGUUUUAGCAAGGCCCGCAUCUUCCGCAUCAACUCGGACAAUGGAAUCAAGACCGUGCUAGCACCCGAGUACACAAAUGAACUUCGUGCUCACCAUGCCUUGAGCUUUGGCAGUGCCGUUGCGCGGGAGUUCCAAGCAAACAUUCAAGGAUUCGAGCCUUUCAAACAACUAACAACCGGCGAUGAGAUCUUCCAAGAUGCUAUCCGAAUAAAGCUGACCCAGAGUCUGGGGAAUGUGACCAAGCCCCUCUCAGAUGAGACAUCGAUUGUCCUUGAAGAGCACUGGUCCAACGAUGCCAACUGGCAUGAAGUGGCUCUCAAGUCCAGCAUUCUCAAAAUCGUUGCUCAGCUCUCAUCAAAAGUCUUCCUUGGGGACAAGAUUUGUCGUAAUCCAGAUUGGUUGCGUAUAACUGUCGACUAUACUGUGGAUUGCUUCCUAGCUGCUCAGGAACUCCGGCUCUGGCCCUGGUUAAUACGCCCUAUUGUGGCCAACUUCCUGCCAUCCUGCCGUAAAAUCCGCCAGGAACUUAAGGAAGCGACAAAAAUCAUAACUCCGGUGCUGGAAGAAAGACGCAGGGUCCAAGAAGCAGCCAUUAAGGCGAAUCAAGCACCAAAACGCUAUGCUGAUGCUAUGCAGUGGAUGGAAGAAUGCGCCAAAGGUCGGCCCUAUCACGCUGCAGUAGCGCAAAUGUCGUUCUCAGUUGUUGCCAUCCAUACGACGUCAGACAUGCUCACACAGGUCCUCCUCGACCUUUGUGCUCACGAGGAGGCUGUCCAAGCGCUUCGCGAGGAAAUUGUGGCGGUCAUCCAGGAAGAAGGAUGGAAGAAGUCCACUUUAUACAAGCUCAAACUUAUGGACAGUGUGCUGAAGGAAAGUCAACGCUUGAAGCCGAUCAACAUCGCUUCAAUGAGACGUGUCGCACAGGAUGAUAUCAAAUUGUCCGAUGGCACGCUCAUUCCAAAGGGCUCCGACAUUCUCGUCUCUAGCCACAAAAUGUGGGAUCCAGCCGUUUACCCAAAUCCGGAGACUUUCGAUCCCUACCGGUUCUUGAGACUACGCGAGACUCCGGGCCAUGAGACUUCGGCCCAGUUAGUGUCGCCGUCUCCAGAGCAUCUCGGAUUUGGCUAUGGGAAGCACGCUUGUCCAGGACGAUUCUUCGCUGCCAAUGAGGUCAAGAUCGCCUUGUGCCAUAUCCUGUUGAAGUAUGAUUUCAAACUAGCCGACGGCUGUAAACCGACUGUGCGAAAGAAUGGUAUCGCGCUCAACUCUGAUCCAUUGGCGAAGCUAAUUGUCAGACGGCGACAAGAAGAGAUUUUUCUCUGA